AUGGCUUCUUUGACUUCGAGUUCGAGUUCGACUGGACCUGAGACUGAGGCGGCCGGGAUGGCGGCUAGGGUAGCGGUCGAUGGCGGCGGCGGGGGGGUGAGCUGCAAUGGCAAUGGCAGUGGCAGUGGGCCUGGUGGCGGCGAGGAGGAGGAGGAGGAGAUGCGGCGUGGUGGUGGUUUGGGAGAGGCACAGGCAGGGGAGAAGAAGAAGACGAAGAAGCUUCACGGACGAGCUUUCUACGAGAGUAUUGGGAGUCCGAAGUUCGUGCUUGCGCCUAUGGUUGAUCAAUCGGAGUUCGCGUGGCGGAUGCUAUCCCGCUCGUUUAUACCGGGCGACAGGCAGAGGGAUUUACUGGCGUACACGCCCAUGCUACACGCUCGUCUGUUUUGCGAGACGCCGAAGUUCAGGGACGCGCAUUUUCAGCCUCUGAGGACCUCUCUCGUUUCGUGUGGGGGUGGGGAUGGUGCGGGUGAAGGGGAACAGCAGCAGGAGGAGGUGGAGGGAAAGGAGAAGAAGGCUUUCUUGGAUGGCAAUCCGGCCGAUCGCCCGCUGUUCGUACAGUUCUGCGCCAACAACCCCGAUGAGCUGCUGAAGGCAGCGACGUACGUGGCGCCGUUCUGCGACGCCGUGGACCUCAAUCUGGGCUGUCCGCAAGGGAUUGCUCGGAAGGGGAGGUACGGGGCCUUCUUGCAGGAGGACCAGGAGUUGAUCUACUCUCUGAUCAACAAGUUGCAUCUGGGAUUGGAUGUUCCCGUCACGGCGAAGAUCCGGAUCUUGGACACGAAGGAGAAGACGCUGGCAUAUGCCCAGAAGGUGUUGGAGGCGGGCGCAAGUAUCUUGACUGUUCACGGCAGGACGCGGGAGAUGAAGGGGCACAAGACCGGGCUGGCGGAUUGGAAAAUGAUUCGCUUCCUGCGAGAGAGUCUGCCGAAGGAGACGGUGCUGUUUGCAAACGGGAAUAUCUUGCGGAAGGAGGAUAUUGAGAGGUGUCUAGAGGAGACGGGCGCCGACGCUGUGAUGAGCGCGGAGGGGAAUCUCUAUGACCCUGCGAUCUUUGCGGAUGCGCCACCUGUGGGGGAAGAGGGGAGGGAGUAUUGGAGGGGUGGCGAUGGGAAGGGUGGGUGGAGGAUGGAUGCUGUUGUGAGGAGGUACAUGGACAUCAUCCACCGCUACGUUCUGGAAGUCGAGCCGCCGGCCAGAGCACCGCUAUACCUCCCCACCGAUCCCGAUCCCGAAUCCCCUACGUCCACCACUACUCAGCCGCCAGCAGCAGCAGCAGCAGCAGAAAGCGAAAAAGACCACGGCCCGAAACGCAAAUCAGAGCAGGACCCGAGUACUGACACCGGACCCCCGGCCAAACGGCAAAAACAGCAGCAACUCAAACAGAAGAAGAGCGGCGGGGCGAGACCACCGAAAAGUACGAGCCCGAAUAUGCUCGCCAUGCAGCCGCACCUCUUCAAGCUCUUGAGGCCGCUGGUGGCGCGGCACCACAACGUGCGGGAUGCACUGGCGCGGAGCCGGGCCGGAGACAUGGAAGCCUUUGAAAACGUGCUACGCUUGGUGGAGGUUGCCUGCCGCGAGGGGAUCAAGGCCUACCACGAUACCGGGGGCCAGUCCUGGGAGCGGGAGAUGGAAGACGACGUGAGGCUGAACGCGGCCAAGGCGGCGGCGAAUGCCAGGAGGGCAAUGCUCGAGAUGAAAGGGGCUGCUGCUGUAGGGCAUCCAGCGGGGAAGAAGGGCGAGGUGGGUGUGGAUGGUGAUGGUGGAGAAGGGGGGGAGGGGGAGGGGGAGAUGGACGAGAGUUCCGUCGCGACGGUCCGGGCGUGCAAGCGGCCGUGGUGGGUUGUGCAGCCGUAUGUGCGGCCGCUGCCGAAGGAGGCGCUGGCGAAGGGGGCGCUGACUAUGAGCAAGAAGGAACGGGAGGCUUUGGAGAAGAAGGGAGAGGGAAAGGGGAAGGCCGAGGAGGGAGAAGGCGAGGGGGAUGGAGAUGGAGAUGCUAAGGGGAAGGGACCUGGGCCCCAUGUUGAGGCUGAGAAUGUUGGUGUUGGUGAGGUGGUAUUGGUUCCAAAGGAAGGGCUGGUUUGUGGAUGA